AAAAUGCAAUCUGUCACCCAUCGACAUCAUGAUGGUGGCGGCGAGAGUUACGCGACGCCAUGCGAAAGGUUGGGCGACGUGCGAGUCCCCGUAGUUGGCAACAUCCCCGUCGAAGACGCAUCGCAGUUGUCGUACGAGGAUUUCUGCGAUCGGUACAUGCAUCCCGGCAAUCCCGUUCUCAUCCGUGGCGUGGCGGACACGUGGCGUGCUUUCCGCGAAUGGCGGCGCGCAGAUGGCGGGCCGAACCUCUCGCUGUUCCGAGACGCGUUCGGGGAUUCGCGAGUGCAGGUGGCGGCGUGCGGCGAGCAGCAGUUCACGGACCAGCGGCGCGUGGCGAUGAGCGUGCGGGAGUUCGUGGCGCAGUGGGCGCGAGCCACUGGGGGACCCACGGGGGGGGGCACGGGCGCAAGUGAAGGGGAGGCGCUCUAUUAUCUCAAGGACUGGCACUUCACGCAUGACCACCCGUCGUACGCGUCCUACCGCACACCCGCCUUCUUCCAGGAUGAUUGGCUCAACGACCAUGCGGAUGCGCGCUCCUGCUCCUGCCCCCACUGCUCCCCUGCUGCUGCCGCUGCUGCUCCUCCGGCCGAUGCUGAUGCUGCUGAUUCAGCUGCUGCUGUUGCUGCUACUAGUGCCACUGGCUGCGCGUUGGAAGCGACUGGCCAGUCCUUGCAGCCUGAUGACUCUUGCUGCUGCGACGACUAUCGCUUUGUCUACAUGGGUCGGGCUGGCACGUGGACGCCUCUCCACACGGACGUGCUGCGCUCCUUCAGCUGGAGCGUCAACGUGUGCGGGCGCAAGCGCUGGCUUUUCCUCUCGCCCGACCAGACGCGCUAUGUCACGCACCGGCACACCCGCUCCACUACCGUCUACGACGUCGACUCUCCUGUGGACGCCACGCUCUUUCCAGAAUUCCACAAGGCGGUAUGGAUGAUGGUGGAUCAGAGAGCGGGGGACGCCAUCUUUGUGCCCAGUGCGUGGCCGCACCAAGUCACUAACAUGGAAGACACCAUUUCAAUCAACCACAACUGGAUCAACGGCUCUAACCUCAUGCACACUUGGCGACUAUUGGAGCAGGACGAGGAGGAGGCAGCAGAGGCGAUCUGCGAUGUGCGGGAGAUGGUGGGGCGGGGGGAGAUGACUCAGCGGGAGUUCCUGCAGCUCGUGCAGCGCAACUUGAAAGCCAACUCGGGUAUGCACUUCUCCUCCCUCCUCGCCUUCUGUGCCUUCUUUGCUGCUCGCGCCAUGCGCUGCCUGCUGAAAGUGGCGUGGCGAAGGGAGAGGGAAGACCAGCUGGCACCAGAAAGGGAGGCAGAGAGGGAUGAAGGGGGGGAGCUGGGAGGGGGGGAGGAAGGGGGACGAGGGGAGAAGAAAGGAGGGGGGGAGGAAGUUGGACGAGGGGAGAAGAAAGGAGGAGGAGAGGAAAGGAGGGGGGGCCUUGCCCCGUUACUGCAGGCCAGAUACGACCUGUUUCAAAUAGCAGCUGUUGUUGACUGCAUGGUGUGCACAGAAUGGUGUAGACACGGGCUGUGGAGGGGUGAUGGGGAGGGGCGGAUUCAGGAGGGAAGGGAGGAGGAGAGAAGGGAGACAGAAAUUGAUGAGAGAAUGGAAGAGGGUAGAGUGGAGAAUGGAGAUGAGGACGGAAUGGAGGAGAGGGAUGGAGUGGACUGCAGGAGCCUGUGUGGGAUGUGCAAGACGGUGUGCGAAGGACUAACUCGGCGGUGUAAAUAUCACCUGAGUGGAAACGAGAGUGAGAAAGAGGUGGAUUUCGCUUUCUCUGAAGUGCUCAAGGCACUCCUGACUGGAUUGGCAAGUCACGAUCAAGCAGGCUUUGGUCUGUGCAAGUGCCAGCUUCCAGUAGGGUGUGAGAGGGGUCUGUGCUUGAAGACUGGUGAGAAGAUGGCAAGGCUAGGUCCGUUUAGGCUUGCCAUGUUUUGUAGGAUAAUAGGAGAACCUUUCGAAGGUGAGAUGUUUAAAAGGGUAUGCUACUAGGGCUGGUGUCCCAAUUAGAAAUCAUCUUAUACCUACAAGCUCAUUGCUGAUGGUGACACAC